AUGACCACGGAUGCUGAUGCGGACGCCGAAGCACCCCAACCCCGCCUGAAUAAGUCCAGGGUCAACGUCCACACCUGGCACCGACGUAUGGGCCACAUCGGCACUCAGGGGGUGCAGAAAACGGCGAGAAUUGUGGAUGGCAUCGACAUUGAAGGUCUAGCAGUCUCUAAACAGCCUUGCGGAGACUGUGCUAUCGGACGGGCACCUCAUAAACCUAACCGGCGGCCAAUUCUCCAUCGUUCUGAGAGAGCUGGAGACCUCGUCUACGUCGACAUUGGCGGCGGCGGCAAGCUCACACCCGCCAUUGAAACGGGGGCUAGAUACUGGCUUCUCAUGAUCGAUGACUUCGAUGGAUAG